AAAUUUUGUCACAAAAUAUUAUUAUUGUCUCAAAAUCUUCACCGUUUCGCGAUUCUCACUCUUCUCUCUCUCACAACUUUCUCUCUCAUCACCAUCGCGAUUCAUUCGCAGAAAAUCUCUCAGAUUUUCUCUAUUUUCACAACAAUCAAAAUUCCCUCAUCGAUCUAUCUAUAGAUUCAAUCUACAACCAUCAAUUUCACACCAAAAAUCCCUCAAAAAAAUCCCCUUUUUUUCGUCACACAAAACCCUAGAAAAAUCCACCAAACCUUAAUUAAUCCCUAAUUCAUUUCAAUUCGAUCGAUUUUCUUUCGAAUUUUCAAUCAUGGUGUGUUGUAAUAUGAGAUCUUAGCUUGAUCUAGGGUUUUAUUGGAAAUUGAUUUUGGAAUCUAGGGUUUCGAAUUUGGGAAUUGAUGUUUCUUUUCAGGGAAGAAGAUGAUGGAGGAUUAUGUAUGGGUUUGGUGGUGAGAAGAAGUGGAAACACAAUCGGCACAUGUGGCCUGUACCUUCUAACCCGACCACUGUAGUCACCGUUUCUUCACCGUCAAAAUUUAUAUGCAAAGAUGGACGCAAGAUUCGUGUUGGUGACUGUGCACUAUUCAAACCACCCCAGGAUUCGCCUCCUUUUAUUGGAAUAAUUCGCAAGUUAAUAUUUAAUAAAGAAGAAAGUCCAAGUUUAGAAGUGAAUUGGUUUUACCGACCUGCUGAUUUGAAGCUCUCUAAAGGGAUUGCAGUGGAAGCUGCACCAAACGAAGUCUUCUACUCCUUUCACAAGGAUGAGACACAUGCUGCAUCAUUACUCCAUCCUUGUAAAGUCGCAUUUCUCCGUAAAGGUGUUGAACUUCCUUCAGGGAUAUCCGCAUUUGUUUGUAGACGAGUGUACGACAUUGACAACAAUUGUUUACGGUGGCUAACUGAUAAGGACUUUGUUAAUGAUCAGCAGGAAGAAGUUGACCACCUAUUAGACAAGACAAAACUAGAAAUGCAUGGGGCUGUGCAGUCAGGAGGCCGUUCUCCAAAACCAUUGAAUGGUCCAACGUCAACACAGUCAUUGAAAUCUAGUUCUGAUAACAUUCAAAAUAGUUCUUCAUUUGGUGUACAGGGUAAGGGAAAAAAGAGAGAGCGAGGUGAUCAGGGAUCUGAUUCGUCUAAAAAAGAGCGAUUAUUUAAGGUAGAAGUUGGAGAUUCUGGUCAGUUUAGACUGGAGAUGCUAAGGACCGAGAUUGCUAGAAUCACUGAAAAAGGCGGGCUUGUGGACUUUGAAGGGGUUGAAAAAUUUGUACAGCUCAUGCAACCUGAUAGUGCUGAUAAAAAAAUUGAUUUGGCUGGGAGAACGAUGCUUGUUGACGUGAUAUCGCUCACAGAACAUUAUGACUGUCUAGGCUGGUUCGUACAGCUUCGUGGUUUGCCUGUGUUAGAUGAAUGGCUACAAGAGGUCCAUAAGGGGAAAAUUGGCGAUGGUAAUGUUGAUAAGUCUGAAGAAUUUUUGUUAGCUUUACUCCGUGCAUUGGAUAAGCUUCCUGUGAACCUUCAUGCACUACAAACCUGUAAUGUUGGAAAAUCUGUUAAUAAUUUACGCAGCCACAAAAAUUCUGAAAUUCAGAGGAAAGCCAGGAGUUUGGUAGACACAUGGAAAAAGCGUGUUGAAGCUGAAAUGAAUAUGACUGAUACAAAACCUGGUUCAACCCGUGCUGUUUCUUGGCCCACAAAGCCAUCACCGUCAGAUGUUUCUCACUCUGGAAAUAGGAGAACCGGAGGAUCCUCUGAGAAUGUUGCGAAGAGCUCUCCUAUUCAACCUUCAGCAUCCAAAAAUUCCCAAUCUAAACAUAAUUCUGGAGAAGUACUAUCCAAGUUCUCUUCAUCCCCUGGCUCAACUAAAUCAAUGACUGCCUCAGUAGGCAGCAACACAAAAGAUCAAAAUGUUAAACUCAUUGUUGGUGCAACAACAUCAGAUUUACCUCUGACACCCAUCAAGGAGGAGAGGAGCAGUAGUUCUAGUCAAUCUCAAAACAACAGCAGAUCUUGUUCUAGUGAACAUGCGAAGAGCUCCACUGCAGGGUCUAUAAGUGGGAGCAAAAUUCCUGGUAAUGCUUCCCGAUCUCGAAAGUCGAGUAAUGGUAUACAUGGAGCUGGCGUUGCUGUAGUUCUGAAGGACCAUAGCUCUGCCAAGAAUUCGACAAGAAAUUCACCUUCUGAUAAAGUUUCGCCAACCAGAAUGUCCCAUGAAAAACCAUCUGAUCAGCCCCUUUCCGAUCAAGGGCAUAAUCAACGACUGAUUGUGAGGUUGCCGAACACUGGGCGCAGUCCUUCCAGGGUAGCUAGUGGGGGCACUUUUGAAGAACCUGCUAUUACAUGCGGCAAAACAUCACCUCCUGCCGACAAGAAUGAGAAUCAGGACAGAAGAGUUAAAGCUAAAACUGAUUGUUUGCAAACCCAUGUGUCGAAUGUGAUGAAUGAUGCAUCCAAUGCUAAGGAAAUUACUGGUUGUGAUGAAGCUAAGUGUUCUCCGCGAGUGGAUGAGCGGUGCAGGGCUAAUGAAGAUGGUGAUAAAGUAGCAGAAACGUCAAAAACAACCAGUUCUUCAACUGGAUUUGUUUCCAGAUCAGGGCAGACAUAUGAUGCUUCUUUAAGCCCCAUGAAUGCAUUAGUUGAGAGCUGUGUGAAAUUUUCUGAAGCAAGUUCCUCUGUGUCCCCCGGAGAUGAUGGUAUGAAUCUGCUUGCUUCUGUGGCUGCAGGAGAAAUGUCCAGAUGUGAAAAUGUCUCACCUCUGCCUUCACCCGAGAGGAAGUCUCCUGCAGCUGAUGAAUCAAGCUCAGGGAAUGAUCGACAUUCUUUUGAAGCAGCUGGUCGCACUCAGAGACAGUCUGAUGGUGGGGCUACCGGAGAGCAUCCUGUGAAUACUUUGCAAUUCAAAAAUAAUUCUAGGCAUCUGGUGACUAUGGUAUCGCGUGAUUUUUCAGAUGGUGAAGCCGUUUCAUCUAGCUGUGUGGAGAAAACUGGUGAUGGUAAAAAACAAGUAAAUUUCUCUACUACAGACGCGAUACAGAAUACUGAAGGUUCAUGCUUACGGCCUGACACCAAAGAGGAUACGUCUGAAACUGUAUUUCCAGGCAGAAAGGAGUCUCAUGCAGAGGCGGGAGGUGCGGAGGGUUUUCACGAGAGGAGGGAAUCGGGAACUCAAUGGCCUAAAAACAGCACUAGUCCAGGCUCUAAAAAGUUGAGGACUUCCUCUUUUGAUGAUGAUCAGAAGACUGAUAACAAGGAUGGCGGUCUCACAGAGCACGGGAAAAUGUUAGUUUCAGAAACGGUUGCAAGUGGUAUGAUUGAAAAUGAACCAGGUAAAAUAUCCCCCGAGUUAUCUUCAGGUGUAGAUAGUAAGAGCCAGAUCAGUGCGGAGAAAGUGACGGGUAUUAUACCUGUGCAAAAAGGCUCUCCAGUUGCAGAUACCUGUGAGUCCAUAGAUGUGAAAAGGGAGGAUGUUAUGUUACCUGCUUCUGGUAGUGCUUUGACGGUAUCCAGGGACGAAAAUACUAAUAAUGUGAUGGCAGUUGAGAGCAAGCCUUCUGAGAAACGAAUGGAUCUGGAUUCAGCAGUUGCAGAUGGUGUUGAUGAACGUUGUGAAGAGAAUUCUGUUAGAAAAGAGCUCAUUGGCAGUUCAUCUCUUAACUCAGAUAUACCAAUUACUUCUGAAAAGGAGAACGAAGUGCCCGAAACAUGUGAUUCUAAUAUAGAAGGAAAGAAAUCUGUAGUUGCUGCAGAGUUGAAUGCAGGCAAUGCUAAUACAUCCCCAAUUGCUAGUGGUUCUGAUGCAGCUGUAAAACUGGACUUUGAUUUAAAUGAGGGAUACCCCGUUGAAGAUGCAGGCCAAGGGGAUAUUGUUAGACAGGAAGAUCCGACCAGUUCAUCUGCAGUUCAUGUUCCUUGCCCAUUGCCUUUUCCUAUUCCAUCCCUCUCAGGGGCCUUCCAUGCUUCUAUUACAGUGGCUUCUGCUACCAAAGGACCAGUUGUUCUACCAGAAAAUCCAUUGCGGAGUAAGGGGGAACUUGGAUGGAAAGGUUCAGCUGCUACAAGUGCAUUCCGGCCAGCCGAACCUAGGAAAAAUGCUGAGAUGCCAUCAAAUACUGGUGAUAUUCCUUCCGUUGAAACGACUUCAGUCAAACAAGGCCGUGCUCCUUUAGAUUUUGAUUUAAAUGUGGCAGAUGAAAUAGGUUUUGAGGAUGUUGGUUACCGGGGUUCCUUAGAGUCUGGAGCACAUGACCGCAGUGCUGUGGGACUUGAUCUUGAUCUAAACAGGUUAGAUGAGACUCCUGAAGCUGGAUCUUUCGCUAUGGGUAAAAUGGACAUUCCUUCUUUACCAAGUAAACAACCUUCGUUGUCCAGUGGGUUAUCUAAUGGCGGAAGUGUUUCAAGAGACUUUGAUUUAAAUAAUGGGCCAGGCCUUGAUGAAGUUAGUACUGAAGUCCCAGCUCGUAGUCUGCAGAUGAAAGGUCCUGUGCCAUUUUCAAGUUCUGUUCAUGGCACCAGAACAAAUAACGCUGAAUUUGGGAACUAUUCUUCUUGGUUUCCUCCGGGUAAUUCGUAUUCUGCAAUUACUGUCCCGCCACUUUUGCCUGGUAGAGGGGAACAGAGUUAUGUUGGUGCUUCUGGGCCACAGCGGAUCAUAGGUUCGACAGGCAGCUCACCCUUCAGUCCUGAAAUGUACAGAGGGCCAGUACUUUCAUCCUCUCCUGCUGUUGCAUAUCCACCUACAACCCCCUUUCCAUAUCCGGGAUUUCCAUUUGAAACCAAUUUUCCAUUAUCUUCAAACGCCUUUUCUGGUUGUUCAACACCAUUUAUGGAUUCAUCAACUGUCAGUGGACUUUGCUUUCCUACUAUGCCCUCGCAGCCGGUUGGGCCUGGAGGCAUUGUCUCAUCUACAUAUCCCCGCCCUUAUGUUAUGAGUCUUCCAGGCAGUACAAGUAACGUAAUUCCCGACAGCAGAAAAUGGGGAAGUCAGAGUUUGGAUCUUAAUUCAGGCCCUGGUGGUACGGACGCCGAGCGCAGAGAUGACAGAUUGCCUUCAGGGUUGAGGCAGAUGCCCGUCCCCAGUCCACAAGCCUUGAUGGAGGAUCACUUGAAGAUGUUUCAGAUGGCAGGUGCAUUAAAAAGAAAGGAACCUGAUGGCGGUUGGGAUGGAACUGAUAGAUUCAGUUACAAACAUCCCCCUUCAUGGCAGUAGGAUAAUAGCUCUACGAAGCAAUUUUUUAAGAGGUCAGCCCCUUCUUUUAUGGAAAAUGUCAGAAAAAUUGGGGAAACUAUGAGUGAUGCUGCUACUCGUGCUGCUGAUGGGUCGUAAAGUGAUCAGAUCUUCCGAUGUGGUUGUUUUGUGCAAAUCUGAUCUCACAGAUAGUCUCUUGCAGAUGAGUUUUGUUUUUCCUGUGUAGAUAUCUAACUGAAACAGCAGGCGUGAUAAUAUGCCGGCCUAGAAUCAGAGAAAUUGGCAUCAAAGUGUUUGACUGUUACUUUUCUGCAACAGCACUGUGCCCAAUCCAUUCUCGAACAUUUGGAAUGAGAGGAUUGGAUGUAUGAACUGGUUGAGGCCAGUUUGGCUUCUUUAAAUCAUUUUUUUUUUCAACUUUUGUUACAUAUAUAGUUAUUGCUGUAGUCAUGACUUCCGAAUUUUGUUACUUAUCAGUAUCACAUUCUGGUUAUGCACAGGUUAGCGCCACCAUGUACAAUUUGUCACUUCUUCCCCUUAAUGUUAUUACAUGGCUGUGCUCUUGCAUCAUUUUUAAU